AAAAAAAAAAGGUCUUUUUCAGAAGAUUGCAUUUGACCCACAGCUUCAAAUUUUGUAACCAAAAAAAUUUCUCUCAACUAUUCAAAGACGGACUAUAACUUGCUUAUACAUAUCCAAUGACAAAAAUACACAUUUAGUUAAUUUAAAAUCUGAUAUGCCUGUGAUAUAUCAUAACAAUUGAAACUCUUUUAACUAUAUAAUUAAGAAUAAGCUAGCAGUGGACUUACCUCUCAGCCAUCUCCGAGAUCUCUGGGUAAUGAACUUGAAAGCUAACGACUUUUUGGCAAUUUUAAAUUAACAAUACCAACAAUAGCAACAAUUCCAGGAGAUAUCAAGAAAAUGGCAGAGUUUCUGGGUAGCGAAUCGGAGUCCGAUAUGAGGAAUUCCACCCACGGAAUCAGGCCCAGAUCAUUCCCUCACCGCUGCCCCAAAAACUCCUCUGUCUCAGAUCUAUACCAACAAGACACGGUGCAGCAGAGUUGAUGGAAAACUGAAAAGGCCGGCGAUUGAGAGAAGAAAGGAGAGACCCAGAGGCUGCCCCGCUGCUGUAAGACGUGGAAGAUGAUCCGCGGCCACUGCGAGGUGAAGAAGAUAGAUCUCCGGCAGUGGAACGAUGUGGAUGACGAAGUUGCUGCUAAAGGUGCCAAGAGGAUGAAAACGAGAUGGUGACAAUGAUGAUGAUGGCUAUGGUGAUCGUGAUUAGGGGAUAAAAAGGAAAAAAAAAAAAAAGUCUGGAUGGUGAUGGUGAUGACGAUGAUGAUGCGGGCGAUGAUGAUGGAAAAAAUGGGGGAUGUAGGG